GUGUUGCAAAGGUGGAGGACUAUACUCUCCCUGGCUACUUUGACAGGCAGGAUACCCCUCUGCCUGAUGUCACCUAUGUUCAGGCCCUGACUCCUGAGCAGAAGUCUCUCAAGGAUAAAGAGAAGGGCUCAUGGGCUGCACUCUCCAAUGAAGAGAAGCUUGCAUUGUACCGCAUCAGCUUCAAAGAGAGCUUUGCUGAGAUGAACCAGGGAUCAUCGGAGUGGAAGACUGUGUUUGGAGGCAUCUUUUUCUGCGUUGGUUUCACUGGCCUGAUCAUUCUUUGGCAGAGACAUUAUGUGUUUGGACCUGUUCCACACACUUUCGACAAAGAGUACAAGGAGAAGGAGCUGCAGCGGAUGCUGGACAUGAGAGUCAACCCAGUGCAAGGCCUCUCAUCCAAGUGGGACUACGAGAACAAGCAGUGGAAAAAGUCACAGGACCAGUAAAUCAUCACACACUUGAAAGCAGACCCAGCUCAAAGAUACAAGAAUACCUUUAUUUCUGAUUUUUUUGUUUUGUUCACAUUUUACUGCAAUCUGUGCAUUUUGGAAGAUCCCUUCCUCCUAAGGUCCAUGUGUAUAGAAGAAUAAAAAUUAAAUUCAAA